CGCUAGAGGUGCGUCUGUUGUUGAUGACUUCCUGCUGCUAGAUUGAUGUAGCAUUUUACUGGAAGCAGUCAUCCCUUGCUUGCUAGCCAAUAUGAUAACAUUUAAUUGGUUGCAAAUGACAACGUAAUGGCGUCUUUACAAUGCUUCUUGUUUUCGUUCGUUAGCCAUAUUUCCGUCUGAUUCAGCAUCCUUGACAGUUAAAUGGCAGUUCCCUUCAAAAUCCCCAAGAGAAAACAGCCAUCAGAAGCUGACAACAUGCACAUGCUGUCCCCUCUCUCACGUCUCCGGGAUACCUCCAGCCCAUUCGAGACAAGCUGGUGCAAUGGCUCUUCAAAUGGAAAAAGGCCUGAACAGGUUGGCUCUCUGAAUGGACACAUCCCCAGAGCAGGGAAACAGAGCCAGUCAACAGGCUUCCAGAGACCAGCUCAGACCCCAGAACACCAUCCAGUUGCCAGCCAGAGAGGGAAUUCCCCAGAGCACAGCAAAUGGAGAGAGACCCACAUGCCAAGCACACUGCGGAGAUCACCCCCUCGCUGUCAGCUAGCAGUCAACGGAACACCUAGAAAGCAGACGGAGUCUCUGACUCAUAAGAAUCCACCUCACAUCCAAUCAAGCCCUGUGACAUCAUCAACACACAAAGCUGAACAAAGACUCCCAGCAGCCUUUCCUCCCUGCUUCAAAAACGGAUGGCGCCCUAAGAGGGCAUCAGACACACUGUGCCGGGACAAGAAUCAAGAGAUGGGGUGUGUGUCGCCACUGCUCAAGACGCCCCGUGCAGAGUUCAGUGAUUCCCAAAUGUCUGUGAGAUGCAGCCCAGUGGAGUCGGAGCAGGAUUCUGCAUCAGAACCGGCUCCAGAAAGAGAGGUGGACAGUUCCUCAAAGACGGACGACAGGCGCUCUGUCUCCCCAGGAGACUCAACAUGGAGGAGACGUGACUCUGGGAUGAAUGGAUCUCCACCACAAAACACAGAGAAGGAGAGGACGGGAAGCUCAGGAUCACUGCAGAAUCAGAUCAAGAGGACUAGUGGUUCUCCAGGGACGGGCCCCAGGGGAAGUGUCCCUGUCCCAGCAGGCCACCGAAGCCAGAGCUCAGAUAGUGACGACCCUCCCGACCGCCCCUUGACGUCAGGGGCCAGAGGGGCAUCCACAGGGUCCCCGAGACACCCCCUCUCCGCUGUGGCUUCAGUGACCCAGGCCACACGGGAGAAGCGGUUUUCCUUUAGCAGGCCUCCCCUCCGGGCUAACCUCACAGACAGAGAGAGGAGGCCUCCAACCAAGUGUCUCUCCCUCCAUCUCAGGCUGAGGAGGCCCAAGCCCACCUCCACAGAACCUAUUGUGCUGUCCAGUGAGGAUGAGGAGGACAUGGAUGAUGAAGAAGAGUGCCCCAGGCUGAAGACCCCACAACAGAGCCCCAGGCAAGGCCAACCCACCCAAGAGGAACAUGUACUCAAACAGGCUGUGGUUGGAGAGAAGGUCAUUGGGUCACAGAGCGUAUCGGAGCACCAACCUGGCAGCACACAGCCACUGCCUCCUAUCAUGGAACUGUCCUUCUCUACACUGCACGCUGGGGUGCUCCGAGCACAGGCCAAUGGAAACCUGGUGGUAACAGAUGAUGGCAUCACUCUACCGCUGAAAGAUUCCAGGGUGUCAUCCGAGGAGGAGGGGGGGGUGUCGGUGAGCCUGGUGGCGUCCCAGCUCAGGGGGUACGCGGUGUGGGACGGGGGUCUAGCCCAAGACGGGAGUCUCUUCCAGGGUUGUCCCGGCCGAGCGGCCCCCUCCCUGCUCUUCCUCUGGGUGUCUGAGGCCCAGGCCAACCUGGUGCAGACAGAGCUCUCAGCCCUCCACCCCGUUACACUGCCUGGUCAGGCCUGUCCAUUCCUCCUCCUGGUCCUAAGAGAACAGCUGGGUGAUCUGCAGGCUGCUCUGCUAGCCUCCAUGCUGGAUGUAGAGGCCUUCCGUCAGGGCCGCUCCUACGACCUGAAGAGCCCUCUGUCCUGGGCAGACGGCCUGGCACUGAUACACAGCUGUCCCCAGGACGCCCACCUCCUCACCCUGCUGGGGCAGAGCCUGGUGGCAGCAAAGGGGAGCCCCAGUCGGACCAGAGCGAACCACAGAAGCAGAGAGCCUUACUCCAGACUCAAGGGCCUGCUGCCCACCAGGUUGAUCCAGUACCCACCACUCCCUUCUAAAGGAGGAAUCACCGUGACAACAGAGGACCUAGACUGUCUGGACAGUGGCCAGUUCCUCAAUGACGUCAUCAUCGACUUCUACCUUAAGUAUCUUCUCCUGGAGCGGGCCCCGGGGCCCCUGGCAGAGAGAUGUCAUGUCUUCAGCAGCUUCUUCUACAAGCAGCUGACCCGCAGGGACACGUCCCUGGAGGAGGAGGCUGCCAUCCCGGCCAGGGACAGGAGGCACCAGAGGGUGAGGACGUGGACCCGCCAUGUUGACAUCUUCAACAAGGACUACCUGUUUGUGCCUGUCAAUCACAAAGCCCACUGGUACCUUGUGGUGAUCUGUUUCCCUGGCCUGGAGCAGACCCAGCAUGAGGAGUGGUCCGGCCCAGCUGGAGUGGAGGCCAACGGGGGGAAGAGGAAAUGCCAGCCCCAGGCUUCAACUGGGCCUUCUCCAGAGGCCAGCAACCCCAAACUGCAGAACGGAGCAGGUGGAACAGGGGGAGCCAGUGGGAAACCUAUAUUGAGGCCCAACAACCCACCAGUAAAUAUCACCCUCUUUUGUAAAACAAUCAAAAAUAUCAGAUGUUUUGAGCAUGUGUGCAACAUUCUAAGUUACAUUAUCCCAAUUUUGAAGGUGUGUACCCAAGAUGGUUGUCAGAGGGAGACCAUCAUUAAGAAACCCUGCAUUCUCAUCAUGGACUCCCUGAAGAUCUCUUACCAUGAGAGCAUCUAUAAGCUCUUGCGGGAUUACCUACAUGUAGAGUGGGAGGUGCGUAGAGGAACACGCAGAGACUUCACUGUGGACAGUAUGAAGGCUUCCCACUGUACAGUCCCUCUACAGGACAACAGCAGCGACUGUGGCCUCUACCUCCUGCAGUACGUGGAGAGCUUUCUGCAGAACCCAGUGGUGCACUUUGACCUCCCCCUGCGUUUGGAGCGCUGGUUUCCACGGCAACAGGUGUGGAGGAAGAGGGAGGAGAUCCGGAGCCUGGUGAUGGAGCUGCACGGUCGCCAAGGCAACGGCGGGAGCAGCUGCAGGUAGCCAGGGUACCUGAUCAGCAAUGCACUACUACUACAAUACCCCUAAACUGUGAAGGACUUUUAUUUUUUAAAUGUACAAUACAUGUAAUAUUUAUACUAUUUUUGUAUUACUAUUUUUUAAAUAAAAUGUCACAGGAUGUUUGUUUCUCACUUGUAUGUAAUGUGAAUGUACAAAACAAUAGGAUUGUAAAAUUGAAUAAAAUUGUUGAUGUAAUGUUUAGUUUUUAUGUUACAUUAUAGAAGAGAGCAUUUGGAAUGGACAUUAUUACACAAGGAUAUGAGUGAGCACACACAUCUAGUUAGCUGAGCAGAAGCGUAACUCAUGUACCCAGAACAGGUUUCUUUUUCAAAUGUCCUUAUGACUCCCACAUAAAACCACUAUAAAUAUUAAAGUCAAUAUUACUCAGUUAUUCCUGUUCUGUGUGUCCGGCUGUUGUUCCUGACCAUCAGUCAUAAAGGACUCAAUAUGCACAUGAUUGUUAGCAGCUGCUAAACAAUAGUGUUAUCACUACAGACGAGUCAACAUGUUGGCAGUGUUUUACUUUUGGCUCGUCAUGAUGUAGCUGCUUAGUUUGUAAGAAAAAGCCAAUGUUCCAGUGGGGAACACCGAGUAAGCUUACACAAUGAGCGCUUGUAAUAUGAUGAUUAGAACAGCACCUCUCCCCUGUUCUGUUUACAGGCAGAACUAAAUUCCCCUCCAAGUUUGUGCUGUAUGAAAGUCUAGGGACCUGACUCACUCUGUCAUAAGAAACAGAAAUAACAUUCUCCCCACACAGUAAGGGUUUCCAUUUGGGUUUCUGUUUGUUUUCAUGGUGUAAACAUUGAUUUGUUAAUGGCAUGUUUAUAAUGAUGUAUUUACAAUAAUGUAUUUAUAAUGUGGUAUAUUCCUGGAUUAAAGAUGCUCCCAAAGUCUACCUAGCAACGGCUGGACAGAACUCUCUUCUGUCACCAUCACAAUAUUGUAGAGCGAGAAUCCCAGAUAUGACCUUUUAAGUUAUUGUGUGUUUUUCACACGGGCACAGUUAAUAGGUUUUUCAGUUUGUGUCGUUAACACUAAGUCUGAUAGGAUAUGUGCUUAACCAUAUGUACUUAAUUGGGUUAAGUUGGUAGAAUGAGCGUUUUUGGAUAAUUGGAGUCUUUGGUGCAGCCUCUCACAGCAUGUGGGCCCCAGACAGAGCCCUCUUAGACAGGACAGAGCCCUCCUCCACCCCUACUGGUGUUGGAAGGGUUAAGGUCACCCCCCCACACCUCCCAAAUGAGUUGGGCUACCCUUUUCCUAUUCGCCCCAUCCAAAUCUCUACCCCAUUGAUUUAGCCACUGUCAGAAAAUGGCCCCACUACUACAGUAUAAAAACUAGUGUUUAUCAAUUCUUCCAUAUUGUUAUCCUAAUACUAUAAUUAUGUUGGCUUCAAUUCUGUCUUAUAGUUCAGUUAAAGCCGUAUAGUCAAAUGCAGUAGCCGGUUUGAAGGUUUAAAUUGUGCUGUUAAGGUAGCCACUGGUUCACUAUGGAUGGGCUUUACGGCUGGGUUCAAGGGUUCCAUAGAAUGAACCAAGGACAUCCAUACUGCUUAACUCGUCUUACACCUUCCAGCCUACAACUACUAAUGCAUUGGUUUAGGGUCUGGAGAUCAGGACUGAGAUCAAUGUCCUUCCGAUAGACAGGUCCAGAGAGUCAACAGGUAGUCUGGAGACGUGUUUUAUAGAGAACCGUGUUAAAGCAGUUUGAAGUUAGUUUUGUUUUUAUUUACAGAUAGUUUAACUCAUUUAAAUGGGCUAACAUCAAAUCUACUUUGUAAUGACAAUAAAGAAACUCCAAGUGAC